UGUACGCGCCAUUUCGCCCUCGGCUGCCUUUCGUCUUGUCUAGCAUCGCUCCUCCUCCUAAUCAACGCGGCGCAUUUGCAGGACUUCAUCCGAUCCACCCAAUUACACGCGUUUCUUUGGCUUUCGCGACGCGGCGAACCGACGGCAUGUGUAGACAGGUCGCUAGAGCCCUGCUGGGCAGAGCGGACCUUCUCCUGCAGCGCCACGUGGCGUACAGCGGAGGAGCCCACAGUCACGCUGUAACUGGAUACAGCGGUAGUUACGGUUACCGCCAUGCAGUCGGCCGCCUGAAAUCACCCGUGUUACCUGGUAACCCGAUGCUGUCACCAUCGUACGGCGCGCGGCGCCUCUCUUCCGCCGCCUCCGCCGAAUCCGCUUCCAAGCCCAAGCCGGAUCUUCUGCGUAUUCUGGCGGCGUGCGCGCUGGGGUCAGGUGCCGCGGCGGGCAUCAUCGUGAGCACCAUGGAUCCCAAGUCCUUCAGCGCGCUCUCCUUCGCUGCGACUGACUACAUGACGCCCUUCAUCCGCCUCCUCGACCCCGAGACCUCCCACCAGCUCGCCGUGCUCUCAGGCGAGUGGGGCCUCACGCCCCGCGAGUACCGCGCGGACCCGCCGUCCCUGGCGACCACGGUGUGGGGGCGGCGCUUCACCAACCCCGUGGGCAUGGCGGCGGGGUUUGACAAGGACGGCCGCUGCAUCGACUCCAUGUUCGCGCUGGGCUUGGGGUUUACCGAGAUCGGCAGCGUCACGCCGCUUCCCCAACCCGGCAACCCGAAACCCCGCUGCUUUCGCCUGACAGAGCAGAAGGCUGUCAUCAACCGCUACGGCUUCAACAGUGCCGGCAUCGCUGACGUGGCGGAGAGGCUCAGCGCGUGGCAGGCAAAGCGGCAGCAGCAGGAGGCACAAGACGGGAAACGGGCAGGCGACGGGCAGAAAGAAGCGGGAGGCGGGCAGAAGAAAAAUGUGGUGGUGGAGAGGGUGAGGGAGGGGGUGCUGGCGGUGAACCUGGGGAAGAACAAAUUAACCGAGGAUGCGGCGGCGGACUACGUGCAGGGCGUGCACUCGCUGGGGCGGUUUGCGGAUGUCUUGGUCGUCAAUGUGUCGUCGCCCAAUACCCCUGGGCUGAGGAAGCUGCAGGGCCGCACGCAGCUGCAGGCGCUACUGCAAAGGGUGCAAGCCGCACGGAACGAGAUGGAGUGGGGCAAGGAGGGACCUCCUCCUCUCGUGCUGAAGAUAGCCCCUGACCUCACCACGGAGGACAUGGCGGAUAUUGCUGCUGUCGCGCUCUCACUCAAGAUCGAUGGGCUGGUUGUGAGCAACACCACCAUUUCUCGCCCGGACAGUGUGCUGGGCCUGGUGAAUGCGGACGAGGUGGGGGGGCUCAGCGGCAAGCCCCUGUUUGAGCUCUCCACUGCGGUGCUGCGCCAGAUGUACUCACUCACUAAGGGUCAAAUCCCCAUCAUCGGCUGUGGUGGCAUCUACACUGGCGAGGAUGCUUAUAAGAAGAUCAGGGCGGGUGCGUCUCUGGUCCAGCUGUACACCUCUAUGGUCUUCGAGGGAGCUGGAGUGGUGCCAAAGAUCAAGAAAGAAUUGGCAGAGUGUCUCGCUCGCGAUGGAUUUACUUCAGUGGCAGAAGCAGUGGGGGCGGAUCACAGAGAAGUAAACAAGGGAUUGUAGCUUGUCGAUGAAUCCUUCGUGUAGCAACCAUAGUAUCAGCCAUAGCAGAAUACGGAAGUGAUCAUCGUGGUAGACGGAAUUGACAUAGUACGCAUAUCAUUCGGUGGAUUAUGCCACUCGUCAACAGUUCACUCUUC